CAAUGGCUACCAAUUGUGAAGCAUGUGAAGUUUCAAAAGCGAACUCAAAAGUACAGUUGGAGGAUGCCAGCCCAAAAUCAAAUGACUCAGUUGGACCAGUUCAAUAUAAACUAUAUCCUGUUCGAUACUUGAUGUUAAUAGCACUGAUAGUUUUGAAUCUUAGCAAUGGAAUAAUGUGGCUAAGUUACUCCCCAGUUCCUAGUCUAACUGCUAGUUACUAUGGUAUCAGUUUGUCUGAGGUUGACUGGUUCUCUAAUAGUUACUUUAUUUCUUCUCUUGUCAUGGGGUUUUUUAGUAUUUUUGUACUGGAUGUCUUUGGACUCAGAACAGCCAUCAUAAUUGGUACAGUGUGCAACCUACUAGGUGGUGUAUUGCGCUACAUAAGUACAAUGGAUCCCAUUAUUUGCUCAGACUCUAAAGCUGGUUUCAUCACUGCCAUAAUUGGACAGAUUAUCACAGCCUUUGCUCAGCCAUUCAUUCUAUAUGCACCAGCGAAACUUGCAAAUACAUGGUUUGGAGCUAAAGAGAGAGGUCUUUGUACAGACCUUGCUUCGGUUGCUAAUCCACUUGGUGUUGCAAUUGCACAGAUAGCAUCACCAUAUAUUGUUACUGACAUUCAAAAACUACCAGUAAUGUUAUGGGUAUAUAUUAUUCCAGCUGGUAUUGGUGCUCUUUUCUCCAUAUCGUUUAUUUGGCGUUCCUCUCCUGCCAUUCCUCCAACUUCCAGUCAUGAUACUGCACACUUGCCAUUCAUUAAAGGACUAAAAAGUGCUUCCAAAAAUUUGAAUUUUUGGGUUCUCCUAACAACAUUUGGUGUAAGUGCUGGGGUAUUUACUACCGUCCAAAUUAUAGUACCUCAAUAUGUCUGUCCUUAUGGAUACUCAAACAAAGCUGCUGGUUUAUGGGGAUCAUUGUUGAUAAUAUUUGGUGUAGUUGGUGCUACACUAUCAGGACUAUUGAUAAGCAGAAUCAGUGGACUGUACAAAGAGAUAGGAAUAAUCUGCCUAUCAUGUACCACACUAUCAAUAAUAGGCUUUGUUGAGGUAUCUACUAUACAACACAUUCCUUUUGUGUUAGCCUUUUUUCUUUGUGCUACUGGUUUUUUUGGUCUUGGAUUCCUUCCUGUUGCUAUGGAGUUAGGGGUCGAGGUAACAUUCCCAGCUGCUGAGGCUACCAGCUCUGGUUUACUGUGGAGUGCAGCUCAGGUAUUUGGAUUUUUAUUUGUAACUAUUGGUCAACUGAUAUCUCCAGUCAUUGAUUCAAGUACUCUCUCGAAUGAUCAAUGUCAAGUUUCUUUUCCAAGCUCUAAUGACACCAUGUCACUCUGUAAUGGUCAUCGUUCCAAUCAUACACUCACUGAUAAUGCAAAACCACAGGAUUGGACCAACUGUGGCAUCUUUCUGGUUAUCAUGAUGAUGCUUGCUUUCUUGAUGUUUGUGGUGUUUUUUAAGAGAGACUAUAAACGAAUGGAAUACGAAGAGAGAAGGAAGACUACUGGAGAAGCAGGCAGUGACAAUUAACAACAAAUUUAACUUAUAAUUUCUAAUAUUCAAAAAGUUUUUAUGUAUAAGUUUGAGCUGUUUUUGAUUGAUUUUUAAUGGUUGUUCUAAAUUUUAA